AUCCACCGCAGUGCCUGGGACUGACUGCGUGUAAGACGUAGAGAAAGAAGGGGGAUUUCAGGGAUGGAAAGGAGAACUUAGGAGUAAACACCCGGAGGAGGAAUAGACAGAGAGGAGGAGGAAAAGGGACCCAAACCCCAGCACGGCACAGCCUCCCCUGGAGUGGGGUUUCUUGGCUUCUGACGUGUGCGCACGACUCUUAGAGACACUAUGAGUUCAUGCAGCAGCCGUGCAUUGACCAUCCUGUCCACAGUAUUUGGAGCCUGCGGACUGCUGCUGGUGGGGGUGGCUGUGUCCACUGACUACUGGCUGAUAAUGGUAGAAGGAAUCAUCCUGCAGCAGAACCAGAGCAUGGAGGUGAAGAUGGCUCUGCAUUCUGGCCUCUGGAGAGUUUGCUUUGUGGCUGGAUCAGAGAAUGGAAGGUGUGUUGCGUCGGAGUACUUCACUGAGCCGGAAAUAGAGAUAACCACUGAAAACACUGCAAACAUCCUAAAGAUGGUUCGCACAGCCACACCCUUCCCCAUGGUGUCACUGCUCUUCGUCUUCACAGCGUUCGUCAUCAGCAACAUUGGGCACAUCCGGCCUCAGCGAACCAUCCUGGCCUUUGUGUCCGGCAUCUUCUUCAUUCUCUCAGGCCUAAGUCUGGUGGUGGGCCUUGUACUCUACAUCUCCAGCAUUAAUGACGAGGUGAUGAACCGGCCUAGAGAGCCUGAGCAGUUCUUCAAUUACCACUACGGCUGGUCUUUCGCUUUCGCUGCCUCUUCCUUCUUACUCAAAGAGGGGGCUGGAGUUCUGUCAGUCUAUCUAUUCAUGAAACGCUAUGCAGAGGAAGAGAUGUACCGCCCCCACCCUGCUAUAUACCGCCCCCGCCUGUCUGAGGGUAGCGACUACAGCGGCCAGUACCUCCACCCCGAGUCCUCCUGGCCCCCGCCGAAGAGAGGUCGCAGCACCUCAGAGGCCUCAAGCGACAUUUCGAUCCAGCUUAACCAGACAUCACAAGCACCACAAAAAUGUACCCUCCAAGUCGGCAGCCAUGGAAGUCCUCCCUCUGUGUCUUCUUCUGCAGGAAGCUACCAGAUGCAGCCACAGUCCGGUGGUUACCCCACUACACACACCCUACCCAGGUCCCACUCCUCACACCCUCAGGGCCAGGCUCUUCCCAUGGCCAUGCCCCCAUCGCCUGUACCUCCCCCUCACUAUCACACACAUGUGCACAUGAGCGCCUCCCCCUGUUAGGAAACGGGAGCUUCAGGACGGGAAAACGACCCACUGACUUUUCAUUAUCAAAUAAGCUGAACAUUUAGAUCUGGAUCAGAGUAGAGGCUGAGCUUUGAUCAGGCUUUCAAUGAAGCAGAAAAUGUAGCUUGAUACUUUAUGAAUAAAGAGAGACAAAUCUAAGGAAACUAACAGACAAAACGUAACAAAAAAAAUAAAGCUAAGCAGCUAAAUAGAAAGUAAUUUUGUGACGUUACAAUGAGAGAAACUGUUCUUCAGAAAGACAUUAGAGGUUAGAUUGAAUGACAGUAGGUAUAAGGGAGGGAGAGUGAGGCAGAGAGGCUGCAGUAUUAUACAAAGAUGCUGCAGUGCUGCAGGACUGUGUAUACACUGGAAAAUGUGCAAUGCAAAACACUGAUCUGAAAAAUCUGACUGCACAUAGAUUUUUUAAACUAUAAGUCAAACGAGAUAUGGACUAUUUAAUGUUUUUACCAAAUGGUGAAGUGUGGUUAAAUAUAUUCUAUUCUUGUCUGAAUUUAUGACAUCAUCAGUUGGAUUCCAUCACCUAUAAUGCCAUAAUAGUGCCCCCAGUGUUAUUAAGUAUUAGUUCAUACAAUAAUGGUUAAAUUAAAUUGCACAGAAUGAAUGUUGUUGGGCUUUUUAACAUGCACAGAUAAUAUUAAGAAAUAUCAUUCAAACAACUUCUUGUUUUACAUAUUUAAGAUUCAGAUUUGUGUGUCUUGUACAUAGCUGCACGUCAGGAUUUGUGUUAUGAAAUUGCAAAUGAAGCUUUUACACAUGUCACAAUGAGAAACUGUCUUUGCUCAUUCUGCUUUGGAUUUAAGAGAAGCGGAUGCAAAAGGUUGCCGAGCAUGUUUAUUUUCUCCGGUUUUACGGGAGUACCGUGCCCUCUACUGGUCUCAGCUGUGAACAAUCCCUGGAUGAGACGUUUCUGGAUCACAGUUCUUCCUCCACUUUUUCUUUUCUUCUGGCUUCUACUUUGUAUGAUUGAAUGUUUGUAAACUUCAACUUUUGAACCCAGAAAAUGCCAGUAUUAGUGGACACACAAAUGAGGACUGUGCAGCACAUGUGUUAAGCAAUCUUUAUAGUUUUAAAAUAAACUGUAAAAUUACCUAUAGCCACAUAUGUCAGACUCAAUUUUCUCUUAAAAGUUUCACAGCCUUUUUUAAUGAUGCAUCCAUAUCAAACAGUGUUUGGCUGAGAUAUAUAUAUUUUAACUAGCUAAACAUUUUUAUAGCACUAACAUAAAUCUUAACUUCAAUCUCUUCAAUUAUGAGGAUUUAGAAAAUAGUGAGUUUUUUUUUUUUUUUUUUCUCAGAGUUUUGAGCAACUUCUCCCUAUCACACUAAAUCAUAAGCCACAGUGGCUUGCAAACAAUCAGCAUAUAUUUUGUCACAAUACACCUAAAUAAUUGUAUUUAUGUAUUGUGGGUAAAUAUAAUAGGCCAACACAAAGUAUUUUUUUUUUUACAAAUCUAAAACUUUUUGCAUGGAUAAUGUGUUAAUGGCUAGCGUUUUACUACACACAAACUUUGGCAUGUACAGUAAAAGUAUGAUUUUUUUUUAUUAUCUGAACAGAGCAUCUUCCACCACAUGUACCUUAUCCACUACAAAGUAUAAGUUAUGGCAAAAUACAAACCAAGUGUAUUUUGGCUUUCUUUGGACAAUUAAUUGUUUUUCUACCACAGCUGUAUUAAGUCAAGGCUUUUCGAGUGUGAGACCAACAGUUAUGCUGUCAACUUAUUCGCAAAAAUCUGUCCUGUUUCCUAAUACUACUUCUCAAUUCAGUUUUUGACAAUUCAGUUUGAAAAUGUUGUUAAUACACACUUCUACUUCGCAAUUAUAUAAUUUAUUUUGCUCUAUCAUACAGAAUACAUCUAAAAUACAUUGCAGUAGUAUCAAUAUGUUUGCUUGGCACUUCAAGACUUCAUGUUACAUAAGGAAUUUUGACUGCAAAUUACUUCCAAUUGAAAGUAACACUUAAACUCAAUUCCUGAACACCACACUUUAACAUGUUCUUUGAAAAAGAGAAAGACAUGUGAAAUAAACUUUAACAUUUUAACUGAAACGUUUGAGAGUUACUUAUUUACCUGCACACCAAGAGCCGGAUUUAGUUUGGAAAAUUACUGGAUUUUUUUCUUUAAAAAAAUGUUUAUGUGUGUCUGGGUGUGUGGGUGCGUGUGAGUGUAAAGCAGGCAUCCCCAAAGUCAGUC